AAACUUCGCAUUUUAUCGUGAAGAAUGGCAAGUGUAUGGCUGGAAGCCCAUGGCAAGGCUGUGGUCGUCAAGGGUGACACUAUGCAAAUCAAGGACUUCCUGAAGUUGAAAGGUGGCAAAUGGAACAGCAACCUCAAGUCUUGGAUCUUUCCUGGCUCAAAGAAGGCUGCACUUUUGCAAGACCUGCAGAACUGUGGUACAGUCAAGAAGGUCGAAGACAAGACUGGUUCAACAACCAAUGGUAACACAGGACCGACUGCAGCCACCAAAAACUCCGCUGCUCCUCAGGCACCAAAGAAGAGGGCAGCUGCAGAAGGGGAGUCCGAGGUCAUCCAGUUAGAUGAUAACGUUCGGGUUGAAGCCAAUGCCUAUCAGGGCAAGAUUGGUGUUGACAUUCGUCGAUUCUGGACAGAGAAGGCAUCUGGAGAACUACGCCCUGGGAAGGGCCUGCGGAUGUCCCAGUCUGAGUGGGAAGCCAUUUGUGCGGGCAAGGAGCGCAUUGACGAAAUGCUGAAGGAGGGCGAAGAGAAUUCCUGGUUUGCUGAAGGGGACGUGACGGUCAGCAUUACUGGGGGAAGUGUAGAUCUUCGACGCUUUUACACAGACAAGAGCGAUGGAGAGAAGAAGCCAGGCAAGCAGGGGAUCCGCCUUUCAGCGAUACUGUGGGGCGUGCUCAAGGCAGAAAUGGCAAACAUUACAAAGAUGUUAGGCCAAGUCAGCACAGAAGGAAACGUGACGAAGAAGCCGAAGCAGAACAAGAACGCUUCCACGAGGGAUGAAGCUUCUCCCGUUGAAAGACCAGAGCACGCGAAGUGGAAAGAAGAGCUCACAAUGAUUUUGCAAGGCCGCGACUUGCAAAAUGUCAGCUUGCGAAAAGUCCGUGAAGAAUUGGAGGCCGCUCUUGAAAUGCCAAAAGAUGGGUUGCUGCAGCGAAAGGAGGAGGUCAAGAAUAUUGUGACGGAGAUCGUGCAGAGCCUUGAAAGGCAAGGAGAGUGAGCUUUUUAGCAAACUCUCCGGGUUUCCUGCUGCUACAGUUUGGGUUCUGGGGUUUUGCUCUCGCAAUUCUUCGCCACUUUGUUUUGGCUGUGGGCAAGCCAUUCGCCAAAGUGUGGAUUGCUACGCGCGAGUGCCAAAAGUGCGGUCAACUUGGAAUGGCUUUGGUGGGGCUCUCAAAUCGAAC